AUGAAUAUAUUAAGUUUUGACCAAUUAAAUCAAAUUCUUACUGGUAGUGCUCCCAUAGAGUGGCUGAAGAAUAUAAAUUCCAAAGACGGUGUUGAUUUCUGGAUUGUGGCAUAUGUCGUGAUAAAGAAUAUAUACCCAGAAGAUGAAAUUAAUUCCGAAGUUUUGAAAACUAUAAAAGAUAUUGAUCCGUAUACAAUAAAUUCUCUUAAAAAAUUGGAAACUAUAGAGAAUGUUAACUUGGAGACAGUUGUAUUUACUAGUGUCGGUAAUCUGCAAUUUGACAAAGAUAUAGCAUAUUAUAGUAUGAAAUUAAAUAAUAUUCCUGUUUAUGAUGAUUAUGAAUAUAUUCUUACAUAUGAUAAUAUAUACGAUGAUGCGAAAGAACUUAUAAAUAUAGGCAUAACUAAAAGCAAGGGCUUUAUCAUUGCACAUUUGAGUCUCAUUAAUGAAUGGAAGAUUCUCAAUUCUCACAACCUAAAAGAAGUAUCUAUCAUCAAAAAAUAUGAUUAUCAUGAGAACAAAAUUCAGCCAUUCAGAUGUAAUGAUGAAGAAUUAGAAAAAAUUAUGAAUGGAACGUUCACUGGAACUAUAGAUUUUAACGAUAUUGAACGUAGCCAGAUUGCGUUCUGUUCUAUACUUAAAUAUCCUUAUCUCAGAGAUUUUGUCUCUAACAAGGACGAUUAUACGAUCAAUGCUGCAAUACAAUUGGUUGAUAUUGUCUACUACAAUAAAAAUCCCGGAGAAUGUCUUCUAUAUGCAAUGCCUAAUUUCCUUCCUCUUGAUGCACUACCUAUUCCUCUCCAGAGUACUAUUGAAGGAUUAGAUGAUAGCUGGUGCUAUUUUAAGACUGCUUGGGCUAUUCUUGGAAAAUAUGAUAUAGAAGGACUCAUGAUGUGUAUGGAACACAGAGAACUAGCAUAUAGAAAUGGUCUCUAUGAACCAACAAUGAAUAUUAACUGGCAUCAGAAACAUCCAGUUAUCAGACUUGGAGACAAAAGUUUAAUUGAGAGUUUAUGUCUCAACAGCGUGUUUGAGAUGUUUUACGAGGACUACGGAGUUGGUUAUCCUAAACAAACAGAAUUUCAUCUAUGGCUCUAUUAUCUAGGUGUGGAUAAUGAAGGUUCGGAGAAUAAAUGUUAUGUCCUUCCUGAUCCUAACAAUGUUGUGAAACCUGAGAGACCGUGGCAUAAAAUAUUUCAUCAACUUAGCGAUGAUGUCAGAAUCUUCCUUGAAAGUUAA